CGUCAUACUGAAGCGCCACAACCUUUACUAUAGUGCUAAUAUAUCAAGAUUGUCGCUUAAUUAUCAGUUCAUUUGAUUUGUUUAUAGAUAUGCAGAGAGCAGCGAGAUAUGCAGUGAAACAUGACUUUACGCGUGUUUUCUGUCCGUCAACCUUAAGGAACUGUCCUUCCCUGAACAGAGUUAAUGGCUCCCUGUUAUGUAGAAGAUACAGUGUCCUUCCUCUGCCACGGGACAAAGAAGAGAAGGCCAUGUUGGACAGUAUGUUGAGGGUUGACCAUGCCGGAGAAUAUGGAGCCAAUCGUAUCUAUGCUGGGCAGAUGGCCAUUCUCGGAAGAACCCCGACAGGGCCUCUAAUCCAGCAUAUGUGGGACCAAGAGAAAAUACAUUUGGAAAAAUUUAAUGAGAUCUUGGGCGAACAUCGGGUUCGGCCAACGUUAAUGUUGCCAUUAUGGAAUAUCACAGGGUUUGCACUAGGGGCUUGUACUGCUCUUCUGGGUAAGGAAGGGGCUAUGGCCUGCACUGUUGCAGUAGAGGAGAGUAUCUCAGAGCACUACAACAGCCAAAUCCGAACACUUAUGGAAGCUGACCCAGAGAGAUAUACAGAGUUAUUACAGAUUAUUAAAGAAUUUCGUGAUGAUGAAAUCGAACACCAUGACACUGGAUUGGAGCAUGAUGCUGAAUCGGUGCCCGGAUAUUUGGUUUUGAAAACAUUAAUACAGGUUGGCUGUAAAGCUGCAAUCUACAUUUCUCAGCGUAUUUAGUGUCAUUUUAGCAAUGCAUUUAUGUUUAAAUAUUGCUGUGUCAUCAUAAAUGUACAUUAAAUUGCUGAUGUCAGAACUGCACUUUUUGAAGCUUUGAUCAGUUUGAAUGAUGCUAAAAGAAAGAUUGAGUGUCUUGCAACAUUUGAACAAUUUUACAAUUAAAAGAUACAAACAAAAUGAUAUCCUGUUUGUGUUGCAAUUAAAAGGAGUCACAAAGUGUUCAAAAAAGAUUAAUCUUCAUUUGUUCAUAUUUUAUUUGACAUUAUGUCAUCCUUUACAGAGAGAAUAUAACAGCUGCAUAAUCACAGACAAGGUUUUGCUGAUUAGACAUUGAGUUAAAGGGAUAGUUUACCAAAAAUGAAAAUUCUCUUGUCAUUUACUCACCCUCAUGCCUUCCCAGAUGUGUAUGACUUUCUUUCUUCUGCUAAACACAAAAGAUUUUUAGAAGAAUAUUUCAUCUCUUUAGGUCUUUGCAAUACAAAUGAAUGGUGACUAAAACUUUGAAUCUCCAAAAAGCACAUAAUGGCAUCAUAAAAGUAAUCCAUAUGACUUGGUUAAAUGUAUAUCUUCAGAAACGAUGCGAUAGGUGUGGGUGAGAAAUAGAUCAAUAUUUAAGUCCUUUUUAUUAUAAAUAAAAUAAUAAAAUAACUUUCACAUUAUACUUAUUAUCUGUGCAUACUGGGCAGAGAGGAGAUUUUAUAGUAAAAAGUUCUUAAAUAUGGAAUUUUAAAAAAUCUUCUUUUGUGUAAAGCAGAAUAAAGAAAGUCAUACACUUCUGGGAUGGCAUGAGGGUGAAUAAAUUAUGAGAAUUUUCAUUUUUAAGUGGACUAUCCCUUUAAGUCAAUUGACUUCACAUGAAAUAGCCAAUACUGUAAUGAGAGAUAGGUCAUAACCAUACAUAUUGUCUGUAUGGCUCCACCUGGUGGUCAGUUUAUGCAAGAUUACUGGAAAUGCUUGGAAAUGUUAAACUGUCAAACCAAAAGAGGACAGCUGUUUUCUCCUGGUGAUGUCAUAGAACCCUUUUUAAAGGGGACCUAUUAUGCAAAAUUCACUUUUAUGUUCAAACACCAUGUAAAUGUGUGUUGGCAGUGUGUGUACACAACCACCCUAUAAUGAUAAAAAUCCACCCAGUCCUUUUUUUUAAUACCCAUUUAUCAUAAGGACUGUCUCAGAACAAGAGGUUCGCAGAUUCUGUACAAAGUGAAGUCAAUUUGUACAAGCCGUGCCCACGACUGUUGACGGAUACUGCCGACAGACAUGUUUGUUUGUGUGUGUUGUUUCGUUAUAGCGCAUAUUGAAGUAAGGACAGUAUUUGUGUGUGUUGCUCAUCCAUCGUUGCAAAACUGCUGAAAAAUAAAUACAUUUAUCAAAUAACCAUUCGGAAACUUCCUGGUUCAUUCUCAAAGUUGUUACUUCUGACGG